AAACUUCUCUCUUCCUCAGUGCUUUGCACAUUGAAGCCACAACAACCGAGGCUCCUCCCUUUCUGCACAUCUGGACAGACGCAGAAGAGAAGCACAAAACCGCUCUGUGCUCUGACCUCCACCACUGGGAAUUUCAGUGAAACCUAUGGGCACCACAUUUCUCUUAAAUUAAAAGGCAGUUAUUGUGUGCCACUUUGGACGACUGGUUUCCUGAACACACCCUCCUGCGUUGAGGCUGCAUUCAACUUGAUUUCACCCCACAUUUUAGACCAACAGCACCUACCAACUCUAGGAUGCCUUUGGGAGGAGGAAAUAAGUGUGGCCGCUGUUCGAAGACGGUUUACUUUGCAGAGGAAGUCCUGUGUGAUGGGCGGAGCUUCCACAAGUCCUGCUUCCUGUGCAUGGUGUGUGGGAAGAACUUGGACAGCACAACUGUAGCGGUCCAUAUGGACGAAGUCUACUGCAAGGCAUGCUACGGCAAGAAGUAUGGGCCAAAAGGCUACGGGUAUGGUCAGGGUGCCGGAACCCUCAGCACGGACAAAGGAGAAUCACUGGGCAUCAAGCAGGAAGCACCCGCCCCUCAUCGCCCGACCACCAACACUAACCCGUCCAAGAUGGCUCAGAAGUUCGGAGGGUCAGACAAGUGCCCUCGCUGCGGCAAGGCUGUCUAUGCUGCUGAGAAAGUGAUCGGAGCAGGGAGUGCCUGGCACAAGAGUGGAUGCUUCACCUGUGCCACGUGUGGGAAAAGCCUUGAGUCAACCACACUAGCUGACAAGGAGGGGGAAAUCUACUGUAAAGGCUGUUACGGCAAAAACUUCGGUCCCAAGGGGUUUGGGUAUGGACUGGGAGCCGGGGCGUUGGCGCACACCCAGUGAGGACCAGUGAGGCGUGUUGCCAUCCUACUGAGCUGCUUUCCAUGCCUGCAGAGGGCGGGCUGCUGCCAUUGAGAUGGAGGGAGCAUCCUUCAUCCAACACUGCAUUAGAAAACCUCUAAAAGCCACGAAACAAACACAAAGAUUGCAAAUGCUAUUUAAUCCUAAUCCAUGUUUUUUCUUUUCUUACUGGUAAUAGAAUAGUUAGCCACAACCUUUUGGCACCGAGAGAAAAUAGGCGUCUCGCUCCAUAAACAAAUGAGAGUAGGACUAUAGAUGUUUAGGCUUGGAAAGGGCCAACAUUCUUUCUGUAUGACACUUUAUAGCUAUACAAUCCACUUUCUAUUCCUAGCUGACUUAACUUUUAACGUUGCAAUGAGAGUGAGAUGUUUUCGUUUCAUGAAAAUUCUGAAAUAAAAUGUAUUAAAUGCUCCCUGUCCGUGCAUUCCAGACCUCAAAUGAAAUGCUUUUGCUUCAAAAAUUCAUUUUUUUUUAUUAUCAUAAUUUUAAGGGACUUUAUGCUGUAAACAAAUCUGUAUUUGCACAUGUUCACAAACAGAUUAAUAAAGGGGGCCAGGUUGUGUGGAAGUAUUGAGAUUUUAAAAA